UCUACUAACUUAUGAGCAACAGACUAUAGUUUAUAAUUUUGCAACAAUGAAAUUUUUAGUCGUCAUUACAGUUUUAGCAAUUGCCGCUGGUGCAGUAACAGCUCAAGGUCCUGUCCAAAUUCCUGAAGAACAAAAACAACGUAUAAUUGAAUAUGCUGCAGUUUGCGCACAACAAAAUUCUAUUGAUAAGGCCGGCAUUCAAGCCCUGAAAACUGGACAAUUCUCGAAUACCGAUCAAAAUACUAAAUGCUUUACAAACUGUUUUCUAGAAAAGGCUGGACUUCUAGUUAAUGGCCAAGUGCAGAAUGAUGCCAUUUCUGUCAAAUUAGGAAGUAUCUUUGGAGCUGAUAAAGUCAAUGCUGCCAUGGCCCAAUGUAAUGGUUUAAAGGGUGCUGACAAUUGUGAAACAGCCUUUGAGCUGUACAAAUGUUAUUUCAAAACAAAUGCUGCACUUAUUUAAAAUGUUAGAUAUUUGUGAAAUAAUUUUAGCUAAUGCAAAUAGAAAUAACAUAAUAAAGAUUCGAUAUACAUAUAAACAA